AUGAUCCCCCUCAUCCCCCUCGCACUUUUCAUCCUCGCCUUUUACCUCAUAUACCAUUAUGUGAUUAGCCCCUACUACCUCUCUCCGCUAUCCUCAAUUCCCAAUGCCCAUCUCACGUCCCCCCUCUCCAGCUACUGGAUUGAUGGCAAGCGUAAUGCAGGCACGGAAGUCCUCGCUAUUUACGCACUGCACCAAAAGCAUGGCCCAAUUGUCCGUCUCGGCCCCAAGGAGCUGAGCGUCAAUUCCAUCCACGGUCUCAAAGCAAUAUAUAGCAGCGCUUUUGAGAAACAUGCCUGGUACAAUGAUGUCUUCGUCAACUUCAACACCGAAAAUAUGGUUGGCAUGGUGCAUAAUGCGCCGCAUGCCCAUCAGAAGCGCAUGCUGAGCAAAGCCUACUCCAAGUCAUUUCUCUCGCAAUCGAGCGAUCUAUGCACGCUUUCUGAAGUCAUGCUCUGGGACCGGUUAAUGCCUAUUCUCAAGAAGGCGGGGGAGAAUGGAGAGGUGUUGAAUGUGCUGCCGCUAUUCCAGGCUCUAGGGAUGGACUUUACCUCCUCCUUCCUGCUUGGAUCAAGACGAGGAACGAAAUUUCUGUUAAACAUCCCCGAAUGGAUGAUUUGGUUGAAGGAGUAUGAGCGCUUCAAGUUCAUGAGUCGGGAGGACCGAUUUAUGGGAUUUGUUGAGAAGUGGUGCUUGGAGCUGUGCGAGCGAGCGGAGCCGUCCGAGAAAAAGGGAACCUCCAGCGAUGAUGAAAAGCUGCCAUACACAAGCCCCGUUAUCUACGACCAGCUGCGCCAGAGCCUCCUUGCCCAGAAAGAACACGACCCGCGCCCACUAAACCUAGCAAUUGCGUCCGAACUUCUGGACCAGCUGGUUGCGGGCCACGAAACUACAGGCAUUACUCUCACCUACAUGAGUUGGGAACUGUCUCGGCAUCCAGAACUUCAGGCCGAGCUGCGAAAAGAACUACUCAGCUUAUCUACGUCUCUCCGAUACCCAAGCACAGGCGGAGAGAGGCCCAUUCCUUCUCCUUCCGACAUUGAUGCCCUCCCGCUGCUAGACUCUAUAGUCCGUGAAACCCUCCGUCUUUACUCCCCAGCCCCAUCCCAACUCCCCCGCGUCACUCCCGACACAGAGAAGGGAACUUCUCUGCACGGGCAUGACAACAUUCCGGGCGGCGUGAGAGUCAGUUCUACCGCUUACUCCAUCCACCGCAUCGAGGAGGUUUACCCCCGCCCACUGGAGUGGCUGCCACACCGAUGGCUCGAGGCUGGCGACAAGAUCCACGACAUGAGACGACUUUUCUGGGCGUUCGGCAGCGGUGGACGCAUGUGUCUGGGCAGUAAUUUUGCAUUGCAAGAAAUGAAAUUGGUUAUGGCGGCUGUAUAUUCGAAUUACACGACCUCGAUCAUCGACGACGAGGACAUCGAGCCGGACCUCGCGUUUAUUUCGCUGCCACGCGGGCGAAAACUGAUGUUGAAAUUUACCCCGGUCAACGAAUGA